GUAAGCUAAGCCAUUCUCAGUAUUGAUAGUGUGUGCUUCAUACCAACGGUUGAAACAUUUUCAAGCCCGAUACCACAAACUAAUACAUACAUACGUUUACAUUUAACACCUUUUGUUUGGAGAGCAUUUACGUUACACGUUGUCUCAGAAACUAGAAUUGGUUUUUGAGUAUUAGGGAGUGGAGCGCAUAGUGGCAAUUAGCACUCAAUCUUUGUAUCUGGUAUCGCUCAUAUUUCACUCAAAUUUUAAUUUCAUGCUCGUGGCAGAACUGAAUAUUAUAUGAGGCAUUAUAGAUUUAUAUUGUUGAAAACAUUUAAAUGAAGAAGUACUUCAAAACUUUGGAAAGUCUAUCUUCCAGCUUAGGCUAUUUUUUUCCAAAAAGUCUAUAUUUUAAAUUUAACUUAAAAAAUACUCCACGAAUUCUGGGUUGUUUUGGUAUAAGGACAGGAAUGUAGCGGUAACCGUAAGACCGCAGUUGAUGUCUUAAACCCCUAAACAACCGUAGUUUGAUAAAGUCUUGGUAUUCGUGCCAUUUAUUUCCUUUUUUUUGGUCGAGGUUUAUCUUGAGUAAUAUAAAUAUAAUAAGUUGAUUUUAAGGGGCAUGUAAGGAGGUGGUUAGUGUCGUGCAGGGUUUCAUUGAAUGCAGUAUGUCGGGGUUAAGUCUUGAUAAGUAAGGUUCAAGUCGGAUCUCUAGAGGCAGGUCUUCGUCUGCUAUAGUCCCCGGCGUACAAAGGAGAGCAGCAACGUUUCUUUGUAUUUUCCUAACGAUUUAAAAAUAUUGUUUCGUCUCUUUUCUUUUGUGGCAAUUGCAAACGUAUGCGAAUUUUUGUAACUUCGGGUUGUUAGUUGUCGGAAUUUUUACGCAAUCGUCUUUCACAUCCAUUUCGACUGUGUACUCCUUCAACCAGCUAGUGAAAAAAAAUGCCGAGGAUUGCGUAGGUGGUAGCUAUAGUUGUCAUGCGGUGAAUAAGUAGGACAGUUCGGCGAGAUAGCAGUACGAUUUUUCAUUGAAGGUGUCUUGGGAACAGCGCACCAUUUUUGCCUGAAGUAGGAAUUUAAAGUUGAAUUGAAAUUGAAAUGUUAGCAGUUCAAAUAAAAAUAUAUAUUUGUCUUUUGUAUUUCAAAGUUAAAAAAUCGGAAUCUGAAUUACCGAAUAACUCGAUCAACAUUUAUCAAAAUUUUGAAAUUCCAUCGAAAAUUAUUUGAUCCCUGCAUACUACUUUCCAAUGAUUUCAAAAUCCACAAACAUAAAUUACUCAUUUAAAUUCAAAACUUGUAAAUUUUUUACUGUGCACUCUUUUCGAAAUCGGUAAGUGGCAAACCGAGUGUUUGUAUGCCAAAACCCGGUUUUGAACAAGCUCACAUGCAGCUUUACGGCUCAAAAGCCGUGCUCUGCAAUACCAAUUGAGCUGAACAUUCACUGCAGUGGUAUAAUGUAACGGUUCGAACUGCUCGGUUAUGCAUCGGUGUGAGUAUUAGCAAAUACACGAAAAAAGAUGGAGAGGAAACGGUUAAAUCUCUCAUGUUAAGCCGCAAACGAAUCAGUUGUCUGCUUAACGGUGAGGAAAACGGUUGUGUGAACUGAGCAAUAAACGCAAAAACGCUACAACGUACUAAUAAAUCGUGACAUUUUUUCGAUUACUAAUUUUUAAGAAAAAAUAAAACACAGUCCUUUGUGCCAUUCCAAGUAGUGCAACAAAUUUUAGCAACACUUUGCCAAACCACAUGUUUAUAACCAAAUGUUGCUAAAGUGCCAAACAACAAUGAAUGUGAAUAUACAUAUAUAUAAGUGAAAAUACACAAAAUUGCAUAGUCACCUGUACAAGUGUGUGUGUAUUUAUAUGUAAGUGAUGGUGAUGAGUAAACACACUCACACCGAAUUUAUUCGCAAACGAAAUUGAAAAUAAAGGAAAUAAAUACAUAUUAAUAAAAUACUGACGAAAAAGUGUAACAAAACUUUCAACACAAACAACAAGCAAUUUAAAAAUUUUGUAAGUGAAAAUUAUUUUAAAAUUCUACAACUGCAACAACAUUAAUCGUCUUUGGAACAAUAAUAAUACUUCAAUGUCACAGCAGCCUGCAAGAAGCCAGUGGCAAUAGCAAGAAAAAUACUAAAAGAAAACAAUAAAAUAGAAGCAGUUUAACAGCAACAAUAAGAAAGAGUAAAAUUAAAGCUACACGAACCAAUAUGCUGAUAAAAAACAAAUAACAGAAUAAACGAGGACAGUUGUCUUAUGAGAAAUCUAAUCAGACUAAACAACUAACAAGAGUUGGAAGAAAAACAACGAUAAUCUCAAGAACUAAACAGACUGUGUGAUUUAAAAUAAAAAAUAAAAAAGAAAACUCGCCAAUGACAAAGCGUGUUUGCAACUUCAAUUAAGCGCAAUUAACAACACACCAUAAACACCAAUGCGCACAGAAAGUAUAACAACCAGUGUAUCCGCAACGGCCAAUGUUGUAGUAGCAACCGCCGCAGCAGGCGCAGCAGCAAGUGCUACUAAAAUGGCAACCAUGCCAGUCGUCUGGUGCACAGAUCCGAAUUCAGUGAAUAAACAGCCCACAGCUUUCGCGCUUCAUGGCAUACAAUUGCAGGGAAACGUGACCGAGAAACAGGUGUUGGCGCUGCGUGAAUUGGUCAACGCUGCCGCCGAGGGUAGACUUAUAUUGCCAGCGGAUGGCACAUUUGUGCUGUUGGACAGCGGUAUUAGCAUCGAAAGUUCAAUAAUGAAAAGCGGCAGUAGUGUUGCUGCCAUUGAAAACGCUGCCGUCGAUGUGGAUGGCAAUAAAGAGAAUGCCAUGCAGAAUGGCGCGCAUAGUACGACAAGCGGCGCGGAUGAAAAGCAGACUAAAAAUACAUAUAUAUUAAUGCCUGUGGCAACGAAUAAGCAGCGCGUCACAGACUUGCCUAACAACGUCCCACCAACGUUGUCAGCGGCGACGAGCACGAGAGCAGGUUGUGUGGAAAAGUUCGAAGCGGUGAAUGAAGAGAAAGAAAGCGCGUUGCAAACGUUGGCGCAUACGCAGUUUCCAAAUCUUGUCGUUAACGAUGAGGAGGAACCGAAAUACUCCACGUUCACGCCGCCCAAUUCCACGGAUGGCGAGGAAGUGCUUUACGAGUUUCUCUGCUGCGCAAAAUGUAUGAAUGAAAUUUACGCCGCCAGAUGUCAAGGUGCACCGACGCCGCGCGCAACACAUCACAACAACUGUCAGUAUGCCACGGAUGUAUUUCCGCCUAAAAGUAAUCAGAGCCGUCGCGCUUUAGCGGCAGAACGAUUACAGCGAUUACUAAGGACUUCUGGUCGCGGCAGCGCCUGUUCGGACAGGGGCUCAGCUACGGAGCGAACAAUUGAGCCGCCAACAAUGCCCAGAGAUGAUCCUGUAUACAGUAUUGCCAAUAAAUACACGCGCCGCUAUCAGCGUAAACAUUGCCUCAACUUCGCCUCUGCAUUAGCAGCACGUAAUCGGCAAAAUCGUCACAAAUUACCAAUGCAAAGCGUAAAAAUCUUUCAUAAUCGUAGCAUUGCAAUCAAUACAAAUGGCUCCGGCGGUGGUAGUGGGUCUUGUGGUGGUGGUGGCGGCGGCGGUGUUGGUAGUACAAGUAAUAGUCGUAGCAAUAAAAUUGACUGCAUUCCACUGCCAGCGCUUUCAUUACUGCCCGCGUAUGCGACGGUGAAUAAAAAGCAAAACGAUAAAGAAACGACAAAACAGUCGACAAACAAUUGUGGGGCCGAGCUCGUUGGAGAAAUGCAAGUAUCAGCGAAGAGUAACAGAAACAGUGGGAGAACGCGAGUUGAGUUCGGAUCAACGAGAAUGCAGGUUAUUGACGAUAAGCCCAACAGCAACUGUGAUAUACCAAUGGAAGACGAACAGGUGGAGGUCGCCGCGACCGAAGUAGUUAAAGAUCUAAUUAGUUUCGAAGACGACGACGUUAGCGAUAAUCCGAAGACGAUCCGCUGCGCUGCUACGCGAAAUUUUGCUAACGAUACGAAGACCUUCGAUUUGCUAUGCGCACCCAAUAGAGAGCUCAUCGCACCAUUGGCUGACACAGCGCACGAGCACGAACAGAACGACGUAGAUAACUGUGUUGACGGCUAUGGCUGCAACCUUCCACUGACAGCAGAUGCGCUUUGCAUGCAAAUUAACAACGAAUCACUGGACGAAACUGUGAACGCGUCAACGAGCCCAAAGAAUGUCAUCAACGAUUACACACACGACGCAGUCGCCGUCGCUGCGUCGAGCGCGCAAGCCCAUAGCAAUAGUUCGAGUCGGAAAACAAGUUUCGAUUCAACCUGUACUAUUAGUUCAAUGGAUUCUGGCUUUAUUGAGAUGCAGAAUAAAUUGGAGAGUGCCGUUGGCGUGCUGCUCCACGCCGCUUCUGUUUCAUCACCUGCGACCAGCGCGCGCCCCACACUAGCGCAAAUUUUUGACGGUGCCACUACGAGUCUGGAAAACUCAGCAACGUCGCCAGCGCGCGUGACGUUCAAUAGCUCUGCAACCGAGCGCUGUGAUGCGCCGGAAAAAAUCGCGCGACUCAACUAUAAAGAAUGCCUAACACAGUCACGCAAUCGACGCAAGUCAUAUGAGGAAUUUAAAGCAAUGUUCGCCGCCGCGGCGAAUUUAGAUAGUGCAAGCGGCGUAUUAGCGGAGUCGAGUGCACGGCGUAAAGCAUUGCAGGCACGUAGUGGUGACAGUGGCAGCUUUUUAGAAAAGGAAAUACAAUACGAUGCGUCAAUGACUAAUUCGAGCUUAGCCACAACAACAACUACAACAAUAUGUGCGUUGCCAUCGACGGCGACGACGUCGUCAGGGGUGACACUGUCGUCGGCAUCGAAUGCAUUAGAAUCGAUAUCAGAACAAGCUGUAACCGCAAUCGAGGAGAUCGCAACUGUUAGUGCGGCGCUUGCACUUGCCAGUCGCAGAAGCGGUGAACAAUUGGACGCGUUCGCUACUGUGAAUAACGACUCGAAAACGGAUUGCGUAAACAAGUUUGCGGUCUGUGCUGGAGCUGAAAUGGAUACUGCAGACAUGUGCGCUCCACCACCUGCAGCGGCCGGAAUAAAGGCGGCGGCGGCGGGUACACCAGUGACAUUACCGCAACGAUCAACCACAGAAAUUUUGCGUAAGAAUUCCGAUUUUCUAUCGCAAAUACUCGAUCAAAAGUUGCUUGCGGCCAAAGAAAAAGAAAAAGCGCACAUACGCCGUAAAUCGUAUGAGGAGUUUAAACGUCUGGUGCGCGAAUGCGAGGCAAUGAAUUAUCCGGAGAAGUCGACUGAGGGCGUCGUUGAGAGUGGUGCGUCUACAGCAACGACAUUUAAACGUCAAAACUCGCGUCAUCGCAAAAGUUAUGCUUCAUUUCUACUAAUGCGUCGCAACUCGCUGAAAGAGCAGCAGCAAAAAGCAGCAGCCUCUGCAGGUAAUACCACGCCGGAGAAUGCCGCCGACACUUCAAACGUCGGUGUGGUUGUACCAGCGACUACAUCCAUUGGUAGCAAACCUAGCUGCGCUGGUGGCACCAACAAUUACAAAAGGAAUUUUAAAAUCUACGACAAGCUAGUUUAUGGCACCAUUUAUGACAUUAUCCAACGCAAGAAUGACAUUUACAACCUCACAUACCAUAAAUAUGACAAAUAUAUGACAUAUGGCACCAUUUACGAGAUUCUGCACCGCAAGACAUCACAGGCAUCCACCGCCAGCUCAGCGUCAUUCACAAGUGCGAGCGAUUUCUUUCAGCGUAAAAGUCUUUCGGCUAUUUUGGAGAAAGACACCGGUGCUGCGACCGGCGGCGCACACGAGAGACGCGAUAGCGCGAGCUCCGGAAAGCUAGAAAAGGAUAAAGACAAAGGCAAGAAGCAAGAGAAAAACAAGACACCAAAGCCAACUAUGAUUUAUGAUAUUAUACAAAAGCAACAAGAGCAACAACAGACACAAAAUCUUGCCGCCACAGACGAACACAGCUCAAGCGCGCCAAAUUCAAUUACUUCUGCUGCUUCCUCGUCCACUUAUUUGGGCACUAGCCGCAAAUAUGGCACGAUUUAUGAUAUUUUACAAAUAGAGAAAUCGGAUGCAAGCCACAUGAGCACCACUGCCGCGUCAAAUACACCACACCCAGAAUACAAAAAUCGUUUUAUUGUCAGUAAAAUCGAUGAAACCGCUGUCGCAAGCGCAAUUCUUUGCUCCGAGUCGCCUACAAACAAUGGCGAUCGAAGUCUUGAUAAUCAGACGCAAGGCGCGAAUACUGAGGUCGGCCAUUGUGAUAGCCAAAAGUCGUCCGCCAAAACAAAACCAAACAAAAUGAGAAGACUGUCUAAUAUAUUGUCUUAUAGCAAGCAACUUGCAAAGUCGGCCGAGAAGUCAUCGAGUAGCGAACGCAUCGAUGAGCAACCCGAGCCUGCAGAAACACCGCAGAAGCCAAAUAACCAACACAAGCGCCGCGUUGGCAUGCCACAACUUUUGCCCUUGGAUAGCGAGGAGCUAUAUGCACGCAUUGUCGCACAGAAUCGCGCUGCGGCUAGUAAGUUGUCACAUCCUAUUAUGAAGUCAAGCUCGCUUGAUGCGAUCUCUACAAGUGCGGUGGCUGCUGCGGCCGCCUUGCUAUCGCCACCUAAUACACCCUCACCGCCUUCACCGCGUCGCGGUCUCAAGCAACAUAAUUGCCUGUCGCAAGCACGUUCCAGUGCGCAAACAGUGCAACGUCCACUCGUGAAAAAAUUAUCAUUGGAGAGCUUCGAACCGAGUAGGGCACGUCAAGAACGUUCACCACUGCGUCGUUGGUCCAAUCAAAUGCCCAUCAAGUGCAAUUGUAUGCCAGUUGGCGGUGAUUCUCGUGAGGGUUCGCCUAUUUCCUUGACAGGUAGCAAUGAAGAGCUGUGCACAUGCGCGUCGGUUGUUCAUGAAACGGCACAAAAGCAAUCUCAUAACUUCUGCUACCAGCAUAACCAACAAAAACAAGAACAACAUAAAUCUACGUGUCCGAAUUUCUUGAUUUUCAAUACAACCAAUGCUCAUAUAGCAAAACCAAAAACAACGGAAACGACGAUACAAGCUGGCGCAUUUUCGCCAUGGUCCGUCUCUACGACUUCUGCUUCGAUAUCGUCUUCGUGUGUCGGCAAUGCCGAUUGUGCGUGCGCCUCGCUGGAUAACUUUAAAAAUUUCCGUCUAAAUAGUGCACCCACGCCGAAGAGCGGUAGCAGCAGCUCAGCGUUGGCGUUGACCAAGAAAGCCAAGUCGCGCCGUUUGUCAGAGUUUACGCGCGGUGAAUUCCUAAACGAAAAACCUUGGUACUUCCGUAAAAUAAAACGAAUUGAAGCUGAGAAGAAACUAUUACUGCCAGAAAAUGAACACGGAGCAUAUUUGAUACGCGACUCUGAGAGUCGUCACAAUGACUAUUCACUAUCGGUACGUGAUGGUGAUACAGUGAAACAUUACCGUAUACGGCAAUUGGAUGAGGGUGGCUUUUUCAUAGCACGUCGCACAACCUUCAGAACACUUCAGGAACUUGUUGAACAUUAUUCCAAGGAUUCCGAUGGUUUGUGCGUCAACCUAUGCAAGCCAUGUGUGCAGAUCGAAAAACCCGUCACCGAAGGUCUAUCGCAUCGAACACGCGAUCAAUGGGAGAUCGACAGAACUUCGCUCAAAUUCGUACGUAAAUUGGGUUCCGGCCAGUUUGGUGAAGUAUGGGAGGGUUUGUGGAACAAUACCACACCAGUGGCGAUUAAAACUCUUAAAUCAGGCACAAUGGAUCCAAAAGACUUUUUGGCUGAAGCUCAAAUAAUGAAGAAGCUGCGUCACAUAAAACUCAUACAACUCUAUGCUGUUUGCACAGUGGAGGAGCCAAUAUACAUCAUUACCGAAUUGAUGAAGCACGGCUCACUGUUGGAGUACCUGCAAGUACUUGCAGGCAAGGGACGUAGUCUGAAGAUGGCGAUACUCAUCGAUAUGGCAGCGCAAAUUGCCGCUGGUAUGGCUUAUUUGGAGCAGCAAAAUUACAUUCACAGAGACUUGGCCGCGCGUAACGUGUUGGUGGGCGAUAAUAAUGUUGUCAAGAUAGCCGAUUUCGGUUUGGCGAGACUUAUCAAGGAAGAUGAGUAUGAGGCACGUGUUGGCGCACGCUUCCCCAUUAAGUGGACAGCACCUGAAGCAGCUAACUACAGCAAAUUCUCUAUUAAGUCUGAUGUAUGGAGUUUCGGCAUUUUACUCACAGAAUUGGUGACGUACGGACGCAUACCAUACCCAGGUAUGACCAACGCCGAGGUAUUAACACAAGUCGAACACGGUUAUCGUAUGCCCACACCGCCGAAUUGUGAGCCACGUCUCUAUGAAAUUAUGCUCGAAUGCUGGCAUAAGGAUCCAAUGCGACGGCCGACAUUUGAGACAUUGCAAUGGAAAUUGGAAGACUUCUACACAUCCGAUCAGAGUGACUAUAAGGAGGCGCAGGCCUACUGAUAAAUGCUUUACACUUCCAGCAGCACGUCUCACAUUAGCGAUAAUAUAAAGAAAACGCAUCAUAAUAUAAUACAACAUAAUAAUUGCCAACGCCACAGGAAUAACACCAACAACAUCCACAAUAAUAUACAUAACAACAACAUGAGUAAGAUGAGUCGCAGUAGUAGUAGUAUGUUGCCAACUGGAACUGGUAUAAAAUCGACAACAACAAAAGCAACUGCAACAACAACAAAAACAAAGACAGCAGCUGCGACAACAUCAGCUGCCGCAUUAAAUGAAGCUACUGCAGCAAAGGUAGCAACAAAAUCGACGCCGUUACACCACGCACGAACUGAGGCCGAUGGUGUCGCCACGCCAACGACAACAGCAGCAGUAGCUGCCGGAACAACAAUCAAGCCAAUACCGAAAUUGCGUCACAUGACGAGCAAAAACAAUAGCGGCCAUCGGCAUGGCAGCAAAUCGAAACAACAAAGCAAUGUAAUAAAGCAUCUUCCCAAAUCGGACAAUUAAGACUAAAUAAGAAUAAAAAUUUUCAUGACAUUCAUUUGAAAGAAAAUCUAAAUAUUAAAAUGUUUAAAUGGAAAAUUGAAAUAAGCUUAAAAGGAUAAAUCAAUUCGUUUGAAGCGCAAAUGCAUUGAAAUUUAGCAAUUUAAAUUAAACGCGAUGUAAUUGUAUUUGUUGCAAGCAUGAUUUUGAAAAAUAAGCGAGAAAAUAUUUGCGCGCAUUCGAAAGUCGUAAUACAAUUAACAAUACUAGUUUAUUAUUAUAUACAUGUAUUUAGCCAAAAUUUUUUUUGUUUUUUCGAUAUUUUUCCAUCACCUUAUUGAA